AUGCCAGCAUUCCAGGACGGCCAGAAGGAGACCGAAAUCCCGCUCGGCGAGGUGCUUCAAACCGAUGUGCUUGUCGUGGGCUCCGGCCCCGCAGGAGGCUCGGCCGCCCUCUUCCUCGCGGAGCUCGGCAUCCCGACGAUCCUCAUCUCGAAAUACCGCUGGACGGCGAACACCCCUCGCGCUCACAUCACGAACCAGCGCACCAUGGAGAUCAUGCGCGACAUGGGCAUUGAGGAUAUUGUUCAGGCGGAGGCGACGGAACACAUGCUCUGCGGCGACACGGUGUUCUGCACCUCGAUUGCAGGCGACGAGAUCGGCCGUAUCCUCACGUGGGGUACUCACCCCGCGCGCGCCGCAGACCACCUCCUCGCCUCUCCCAGCAGCAUGUGCGACAUCCCCCAGACGUACCUCGAGCCGAUUCUCGUCACGGCCGCCACUAAGCGCGGCACGCACGCCCGCUUCAGCACCGAGUACGUGUCGCACGUGCAGGACGCCGAUGGCGUCACAGCGACCGUGCGCGACCGCCUCACCGGCGCAUCGUAUCAGAUCCGCGCCAAGUAUAUGCUCGGCGCGGAUGGUGCGCGCUCGAUUAUCCAGCAGGAGCUCCAGCUGCCCAUGGAGGGCAAGAUGGACAUUGCGGGCUCGAUGAACAUCACUUUCAAGGCGGACCUGGCUGCCCACGUCGGGCACCGCCCCAGCGUACUGUAUUGGGUCAUCCAGCCCGGCGCCAACAUUGGCGGCAUCGGCGCAGGCCUCGUCCGCAUGGUUCGUCCGUGGAACGAGUGGCUUGUCGUCUGGGGCUUCGACAUCUCCCAGCCACCCCCUGUGCUCGAUGACGCGGCCGCCGUUCAAAUCGUCCGCAACCUCGUCGGCAUCCCCGACCUCGAGGUCGAGAUCACCGGCAAGAGCCUGUGGGGCAACAACGAGUGUUUUGCCACGCACCUGCAGAAGGGGCGCGUGUUCGCACUCGGAGACGCAAUUCACCGCCACCCCCCGUCCAACGGUCUGGGCAGCAACACCUCCAUCCAGGACAGCUACAACCUAUGCUGGAAGAUUGCGUCGGUGCUGCGCGGCGAAGCCGACCCGAGCCUCCUGGAGACGUACUCGCAGGAGCGGGCGCCCGUCGCCCGCCAAAUCGUCACGCGCGCUAACAAGAGCGCACGCGAGUUCAUCCACCUUUUCCAAGCGCUGGGCAUCAAGCCGGGCAUGUCGUCGGAAGACAUGGCGAAGGAGAUCGAGGAGCGCAAGGCGCCGACGGCGGCGGGCGCUAAGAAGCGUGCCGACCUCGUCACCGCAAUGGACCAGAAGAACUACGAGUUCAACGCCCACGGCGUCGAGAUGGGCCAGUUCUACACGUCAGACGCCAUCAUCUCGGACGGCACCAAGCCCGUCAAUGACCGCGACCCCGAGCUGUACUACAAGCCCUCGACGAGUCCGGGCGCGCGCCUGCCACACGCAUGGGUUGGCACUCACCUCAAGAAGGCAAGCACGCUGGACAAGGCGCCCUACACCGCGUGGACGGUGAUUACGGGCACGACGGGCGCUAAGUGGGCUGAGGCGGCGGCGGCGGCCAGCAGCAAGCUCGGCGUCAAGGUCAAGAGCGUCGUGAUCGGGCCCGCUCAGGAUGCCGAGGACCUGUAUUACGACUGGGCUAAGCUGCGCGAGGUUGACGAGGACGGUGUGGUGCUGGUCCGCCCCGACAAGCACAUCGCCUGGCGCAGCAAGAACAUGCCCGCCGACCCCGAGGCCGAGCUCGUCGCUGCGCUCUCGAAGGUGCUGGGCCGCAAGGUGUGA